AUGUUUUCUAACUCGUUCAAUUCAACCACUACUGGUAGAUCUCACCUAAAUGAUAUGAACUCUUCUCAAAUCUCAAACCUUGGUACCCCACAGGAUCAAUCUACUCCAGCAUUUUUGUUUGGAAAACGGAAAAGCCUUGCUCCGAACGGGUUUACUGGACACAAUUUAAACACUGCUACUGCCCCAACAAAUGACAUUUUUGCUUCUUCAACCCCUUCAAGUCUUCCACAACACGUUAAAGAUGUUAACAGCUCCAAGACCGUCCAUUGGUCUCCUCACCUAGUGCAGCCUGAGAAGACCGCCGUGUCUACUGUCGGCACUCCAACAUCGACGCAAUCCUAUAAGGCACCCCCGCCAACAUCUUUCGCCAGCCCAGCAGUCAACGCUCCUCCACUUCGUUCUCUUCGCGAUAAAAUCGAGCCUGUGAAGAAAAUCGCACGUCGGAACACGUUUGCAGCGACGACGACCACACGCGCCCCAGCUCCAAGUGUUGUCCCUCAAGAUCAAACAAAUCAAACAACUCGAAAUGAGGAUAGUAAUGACGCUGCUGACACAUGGGUCACGGUUUUUGGCUUCCAGCCGAAUCAAGUUUCCGUUCUUUUGAAUCUUUUCUCACGCCACGGCGAAGUUGUGAGCCAUCAAGUACCAACAAAAGGAAACUUCAUGCAUAUUCGGUAUUCUUGUGUGACUCACGCUCUUCAAGCCCUUUCGAGAAAUGGCACACUUCUGGAUUCCGAAACAUACAUUGGGGUGGUACCUUGUACUAACAAGGACGUUAUGAAUGGAGCGGCUACCGGAAUCGUCGCCCAUACGCCAUCUACAAAUCGUUCACUAUCAUUCUAUAGCUCAAUGAUCGAAGAAGAUCCGAAUACAGGAGAGACUCAUUCGAUUAAUGAGAAUUUGAAUAAUAGUGCAGCUCUUAAUAUGUCAAAUUUCGACACCUCUUUGAACUCGUCGAGGGUUUCGGUGCGAUCGAGCGUAGGAAUGAGACCGCUGGCAGCUGGUCAAAGAACUAAUGCCACACAGCAAAAGCAAGAUGGGCUUUUCAACAAAAUUUGGAGCUCAAUGGGGUUAUAA